AUGGAUAUAUCAAAAGACGAAAAAUUCCUUUUUGUUGGAUUAAGGUCUAUAGGAGUUAAUAUAUAUGAUAUAAGAUAAGUUGAUAAUCUUAUUUUAUUCGAAACUUUACCUUAGACUGGUUUAGCGAUUAAUUUGAAAUUAAAUUAAGAUGAAAAUUUGAUAUUUUUUAGUGAUUCUUUUAAUUUUAUGGUAUUCUAAAGAUCAAUUCCUAAUUUUAAUUCCGAUAAACCAAAUUUAUUAAACUUUGUCUAAAAUAAUUUAUUCAAUGACCAUAUGGGAGAUGAUAAAUGGACAUGGAGAUGUGAUUAUAAAAACUAUAAAUUAUAUACAGCAUCAUCAUCUAAUGGUACUAUAUGUUUUGAUACAAAUGUUUAAGGAAAUUCGUUAAAAAUCCUUUCUUUAAUAAAUUAAGUUGGUAUAGAAGAUAGUAAUAUUACAGAUAGUGUAUUUGUUAUGAAUUAAUAAUAUGUUUUAGGAGGAAUAUCUUCAGGGGGUUUAAGUAUAAUAAGUUAUGAAGAAGGCUAUAAUAAACCUAAGGUAAUAAAUCAAAGUUAAUAUGGAUUUACUGAUAAUGAUUCUGAUUCAAUUUUUUUAAAUGAAAAUUAAACUUUGGCUGUUAUAGGCAAUGGAAAUAGAGGUGUUACUUUUUUAAAUAUUAAUAAUCUUAUGGACAUUUAAUUAAUAUCGAAUUUCUAGCCUUCAGAAUACGGAAUUAUAGGUACUUGUGAAGAUGCUUUAUUUACAAAAGAUUUAAAUUUUGCAUUUGCAACAAUUAGAAAUUAUGGAGUUAUAGCUUUAGAUAUUAAAAAUAUGAAAAAACCUUUAUUAAUAAAUAAAUUAUAUACAAGAGGAGGGGAAGGAUUGGCAAUAUUAAAAAAUUAAAGAAAUUUGAUUAUAACCGAUGGGUUUAACGGAUUAACUUCGGUUGAUAUAAGUAAUCCAUUUAGUAUGGUAAUUUUACAUACUUUAAAAUUAAAUGGAUGGACUUUACAUUUGAGAAUUAUUUAAAAUGAUUAAUAUGCAUUGGUUACUUAAACUGAAAAUGGGUAAUUGUAUUUGGUAGACAUAAGAGAUUUAUAAAAUAUGUAAAUUUUACAAUAAUUUUAAUAUUACAAAGAUAAUACAGCAUAUGAUAUUUGCUUAAAUGAAGAUUUAUCAAAAGGAUUUUUAAUGACUAAAAAAGGAAUAGUUAUUAUGAAUUUAAAAAAUAAUAUUAUAAUACAUACGGAAAUUAUGUUAGUUUAGCAUGAUUCUUUUGGAUAAGUAUAUAAAACUAAAUUAGAUAAGGGAACAAUUUUAAAAAUAGGAGAAUAGAUAGAAUUACAUAAUGUCUUUAUUUAUUCCAAAAGGAAAAUUAUAUUCAAAAAAGCUUAUUAUUAUAAUAAUUUAUAAUUAAAUGAAUUACCAGACUGGAUUAAUUUUGAUUUACAAACUGGGAUAGUUUAAAUAUAAAUUUAAAAAGAAGCCCUGAAAAAAAACAAAUAAAAUAUCUAUGCAUAAACUUAAAAAUAAAUUAUUUUGUUAGCUUAUGAAGAAGUUUAAAGUGAAGAUUUUAUAAAUAAAGAAUUAAAUAUAGAUAUAAAUAAAGCAAAUGAUAUAUUUAACAAUUUGUUUGAAUUAGGAAUUAUUAAUAUUAUAAAUAUUAUCACUGAUAAAUUUAAUACAGAAAUAAAAUUUAGAAUCGAAGGCUAAUAAUAAUCUUAAAAAAUUAUAAAAUAUAUUGAAUUUAUUUUAAAAAGUAAAAUAAAUUAUUAUCCUAUUGAAAUUAAUAUAGAUAGUUCUCUUAGAUUCGAUUUUAAAAAUAAAUAAAGAUAAAUUAUUACUAAUUAAGAUACAUUAAUUAUUUAUUUAGAAAUAAAUGAAGAUGAUGGUAAAUUUCAAGAUAUUAAAUAUUAAGGUGUUUUAGUUUCUUUAUCUUAUAAAUAAAAUCAAAUUAAAAUUGAAGGAGAUACUAAUUCUAUUCUAAAUCUUUUAACUAGAGGAAUCAAAUUAGCUAUUAAGAAACCUAUUGAUGAUAUAAAAAUUUAAAUAAAAGUAAUAGAUUAUAUAAAUUAUGAUAUAGAAACAGUUGAAAGAUUAUAAGACUUACAAUUUAUAAAUUUAAACUAGCCUGUAAGACUAAACCCUGAAUUAAAUUUAUAAUAGUCAUUUAAUAAAUAAUAUAAUGAAGGCAAAAUAUAUAUAUUAGAAUAAUUCUCUUUCUAAAUAGGAAAUACUAUUUUUAUUGAUAAAGAUAAUGAUUAACUUACAUUUUCAGCCAAAAUAUAUAUAGAUAAUAAAUUAUAUGAUAUUCCAGUUGAUUUCUGGCUUUAAUUUUAGCCAAACGAAAGAAAGUUUGUAGGAUAACCAAGUUUAUAAGAAUAUAAUUAAAUAAUAAAAUUAUUAAUUAUUUCUACUGAUGGAUAUACUGAAGCUUCCGAUUAUUUAUAAAUUAUAGUUUCUAAAAUACCAUUUACUUAUAUUAUCACAAUGGCAGUUUAAAUUUUAGGACCUAUUGUGGGAGUUUUCGGACUAUGGAAAUAUAGAUUUAUAAUAUAUAAUAUAAUGUAUAGAAAAAACUUUUUUUAUUCUGAUGAAAUUGCCUAUGAAGCCUAUGGAUUUACUCCUGAAAAAUUAGGAAUAAUAAAUAAAAACAAAGGUGAAUGUAUACAUGAAUCUUAUAAUAAUAUAUAAUAAGUUCGUUUUUAUACUAAACAAUAAUAAACAUCAAAUAGUCUUAUCAAUAAAAUACACAGAUUUUUAGGAUCUGAUUACUAAUAAAUAGGACUUUCGAAUAAUUAAAAAAUACCAGCAUGGUUUAAAUCUAUAGAGUUAUUACAUGGAGUUUUAUUAUUUAUAGGGCUGCCUUAAAGAAAGGAUAUUGGUGAGAUUUUAGUUCGUAUUUUUAAUGAAGAUGGAUAUAUUUUGAGAUAAUUUCUAAUUGUUGUUGUCAUUUUCUAAUUUAAAUUUUUAAAAUAAUUAUUAGAGUAUUCAUGA